UAGCGUUUUUACAAUAAAGAUUGUUUCAAAGCAGCUUUACAGGGAUAAUAGGAAAUUAGAGUAACAAAGAUAGUUUUGGCUGUACAGUAUCUCUAGAACAAAGUCAUUAUCCAGCUUAAGUGCUCUCUUAAGCUUAAGUUGUUGUGCUGAACGCUGUUAUUGGAAACUCCCGCGUUGAAGGCAGUAGUUCAGCAGUAGUGCUCAGGUUGUAUCAGGUAGAAUUGGGCACUGCCUCUUUAACAGCAACCCACGCUUUCCUGUUCAGUUUCCUUCUUCUGCAGAAAACAUGAAUCAUUCACUGUUCCAUCUCUGUUGCUCAUUUGCGUUAUUUUAUCAUCUUCAUUAACACGGUUGACAGUGGAGUGACUGACACUGGUCCAAGACAGAGAAGAUUGUAAACUCCUGUUUUUCUACAGUGAAUCUUCCUCAGGGCUUGAAAACACAAAAAUGGCAGAAUCUGUCUUUGAUCCUGAAGGUCCUUUAAACUGCCCGAUCUGUCUGAAUCUGUUUAAGAACCCAGAGACGACUUCUUGUGGUCACAGUUUCUGUAGAGACUGUAUUAAUAAAUUCUGGGAUCGGGAAGCUAAUCAAGGUGUUUGCAGCUGCCCAACAUGCAGGAAGAGAUUCAACAAAAGACCAGCUCUCAGCAAAACCAAGGUACUAGCUGAUAUUUUAGAGGGAAUGAAGCGGGAAGCUCCAGCUGGACCUGGAGACGUGACGUGUGAUGUUUGCAAAGGAAGAAAAGUGAAAGCCAUCAAGUCUUGUUUGGUUUGUAUGGCUUCUUACUGCCAAACUCACAUCCGUCCUCAUCUGGAGUCUGAAGCUUUUAAAAAGCACAAGGUGGCUAAAGCUUCUCCAAAUCUCCAGCAGCAGAUCUGCCCUCAACAUCAUAAAGCUCUGGAGGUUUACUGCUAUAAUGACCAGAAGUGUGUUUGUGUGGUUUGUAUGUGGAAUCAACACAGUGGACAUAAAACAGUUUCUGCUGCAGAUGCGAUGGCAAAAAAACAGGAGGAACUGAAAAUAGUAAAGGAGGAUUUCAUGCAGAAAAUCAACAACAUGGACAAGGAGGUUCAUCAGUUUAGGAAAGCUGUGAUCUCUUAUAAACGCUCUGCACAGGCAGCAGUGGAGCACAGCGACAAGAUCUUCAAUAAGAUCAUCCGCUCCAUUAAAAAGAGACAAGCUGAGGUGAGAGAGAACAUCAGAGCUCAGGAGAACAAGGAGGUACGAGAUGCAGAGAAUCACAUAAAGACACUGGAGAAGGAGAUCUGUGAACUACAGGAGGAGAACCGUAAACUGGAGCCACUUUUACAGACAGAGGAUCACGUUUAUUUCUUCCAGAAUAACUCUUUCUCUUCUGGAAUUUUACAAUACAAUUCAUCCAAAGAUGUUAAUAACCUGACAUUUGAGAAAGUAGAGCAAUCUCUCUCUGCGAUGAAAAGCCAACUGGAAAAAAUCUGUGAAGAGUUCAUGGGCAGAAUAUUAAACAAAGAUGAAAUAACCUUCAGCCUCCCAAAAAAACGGAAGAGAGGACCAGAGGAGAAACCAGGUGCACGUGCAAGGGAUGAUGACGAUGAUGAUGAUGAUGACGAUGAUGACGAUGACGAUGACGAUAAUGAUGAUGAUGAUGAUGAUGACUCCGAAGACUCCUCAGGCACAGUUUACAUGUUUACUGGUUACACAGGGUCCUGUGAUUCCUGUAACGCUGAGAGCCCUGAAAGCAUCUAAACAUCAUCAUUCUUUUUCCUAGAUCACAAUAAGGCACCAACAUUGGAGAUAGUCUGCAUCUAUAGGACCUUUAAAGGCUAUAUUAUAAUUAGCAAUUUGGCUUUAAAAACUGGGAUUUGUAAGCAACUGUACCUUUUCCCAGUCAGUCACCGUAGCGCACACAGUUCCAUAAGCUACAGAGAAAAGACAUGCCUUUAUUAGAUUGUGUUGGGAAUAAAUUUCCAAAACAUUCGAAUUGGACAAUGAAUUGUUCUUCGGAGCCACACAAAAUAUUGUCAAAUUCCAGCACUAGGUGGUGCUAUAACAAAAAUGUUCUUAUAAUUCUGCAACCAUUUUAUGAUGGAAGUUGAAGACCAUCAUUCCAUUUCAUUGUCAUAGAUGUGCUCACACAUCCUUAUUGGUCCAAAGAUCAUCUGAACAAAUCAACAAAAAAUAAAAUGCUUCAAUUUCAACUGAGAAAUGUA